UUACUCUCACUAUCUUUGUUUCCUCCUCUUACUCACCUCCUUUGUUUGGUCACUUGCUCACAUUUUUUUCUUCAUUUUUUUUUCAUCUUCUUGGCUUUGGUGGAGAUUUAGCUGUGGUGGAUAUGGAAGUUCAUCAACAUGAAUUCGUGGGGUCUAUUGAUCAUCGUCAAGCUUCGAUCAUGAAAGGCAAACGUACGAAGCGCCAAAGGCCCUCGUCCCCUGUGGGUGUGACGAGCUCGUCGAGUUCUUCUAUUGGCGGAGUUGGAAAUGGGGUGGUGGAGGAGUAUAACUCGAUUUCCUCUACGACCACCACGUCCGGUGAGAUUUACGAGAGCACCGAGGAGGAAGAAGAUAUGGCGAACUGUUUAAUCAUGUUGGCGCAAAGUGAUGGUCCCAAGAGAAUUGAUGAAGGGAGAUUCAAGGUUCGAAAAAUGGGUAACCGGAAGUUGUCCGAGAUUACCACGACGAUGAGCAAGGGUGGGCUUUUUGUUUACGAGUGUAAAACUUGCAACCAGUCUUUCCCUUCGUUCCAAGCACUGGGAGGGCAUAGGGCAAGCCAUAAGAAGCCCAAGGGCAGCGCUUCCACCGUCGGAGAAGAUAAAGAUCACCAUCAUGUCGACCAAGAACCGGUCUUGAAAACUCCAGCUCUUGCUUUACAAAUGAACAAGAGCAACAAGAUUCACGAGUGUUCAAUCUGUGGAUCGGAGUUCUCGUCGGGACAAGCCCUCGGCGGUCACAUGCGACGGCACAGGGCGGCGGCUGCCACCAGCAGUGGCGAUGAAAAUAAACCCAGAAAUAUUCUCUCUUUGGAUCUUAAUCUACCUGCACCAGAAGAUGAUUUAAGGGAUUCGAAGCUCCAAUUCGGAGCACCACAACAAGCUAUUGUCUUCACCUCACCAGCUUUGGUAGAUUGCCAUUACUGAAAAAAAAAAAAAAACAGAAAGUAGAUGGACUGAUCAAUGUGAAUUACGAUUAGUAUAUGUUUUCAAUUCGAUAUUAUUUACAGUUUAUUAUUAUUCUUUGAA